CAUUGAACGUCUAUCGUAUCAUACAAUUACAUUAAAAAAAUAAUUAUGUCUGAACAAAAAAUAACUCCAUUCGAAUCAUUUUCUGAAGUUUACAAAGUCUUAAUAUGGGUUGGAUACUUUAAGUUUUUGAAAAAACCAAGGAACAGGUGCUUGUGGAUAUGUCACCAGAUUUACAGACCUUUGGCGUUCAUACUGGUUCUUUGGUAUAACGCUGUGCAUCUGAUCUUCAUUGUACAGGGGUUUCACGAUCAUUUGGACGACGUAUUCGAGAGUGCGAGGAUUGAGAUUAUACAAGUGAACUUAGUGGUGAAACUCAUUACCCUGUACGUGUACACGUCGAGGAUUGAAAAAAUCAAUAAGUUGAUAGAUGAACCCAUAUUCGCAGCAUAUACAAAGAAAGAUGAAGAGAUGCUUUUACAAACGACAAGAAAUAUGCAUCGUCUAGUCAGGUACAUAAAGAUCAGUGUGUCUCUGGCUGGAGUGUUCUGGCCAGGGUCUCUGUUCGCCAAGAGGUACCAGGAUCCAAAGGCAGUGGUAUAUAUUUACACUCCUUUUGACACCGAGUCUUGGACUGGCUACUCACUUUCCGUACUGAUGGAAGUAGCACCUAUAAUAUGGAUUGGGCUCGGACACUUGGCAAUCGACUGCCUCGUAGCAACGUAUUAUGCACAGGCGGAAGUCCAAUUGAAGAUCAUCAAGUACAAUUUGGAGCAUUUGUUCGAUACCGACGCUGCAACAGAGAGGGCACAAGAUGAACGAUUUACUGUGUAUAGGGAUGAGAUGGAUAGAAACGUUAGAAGGCGCUUCGUGCAUUAUAUUCAGAGAUAUGAAACUGUGGCCCGGUACACAAAAGAAGUAACUGACGUUUUCAACUAUGCGAUGGCAUUUGAAUUGUUCACUUCGUCAGCAUUGCUUUGUUUGGUCGCAUUCGUGAUGAGUUUCACUCCAGUGGUAUCGAUAGCGUUUGUUUUCUCUAUGGUGAUGCUCGUUGUAUUGUUGAUGCGGGUAUUCGUUUAUUGCUAUGUUGGUAACAUGGUGCAACAUCAAAGUGAAACUGUAGCGACAUCAGUGUACCUGAGUAGCUGGAUGUCAGCGUCUCCACCGCUCCGUCGCGACCUCCUCGUUGGCAUGCUGCGCUGGUCCAAGGACUUGACUCCCAUAGUCUUUGGGAUCGUUCCUCUGUCGCUUACCACUUACGUUUCGCUUCUUAGAUCAGCCUACAGUUUGUUCGCGGUUCUCAGUACGAUGAAUAAUUGA